AUGCUUAUCCAAAUGAGAAGAGCAAGAGAGGAUGAAGAAUUAGAAUUACGAGUGCACGGUGGAUCCAGACCAGGUCGCAUGCCGAACUUGCCACGUGAUUUUGAAGCAGGCUACAACCAACUGUUCACCGACUACUUUGCAGAAAAUCCCGUCUACCCCGAUCACUUGUUUCGAAGGCGUUUCCGAAUGCGACACUCACUUUUCUUGAGUAUUGUUGACGAUGUGCAAGAACACGACAACUACUUCUUGCAGAAGGCUGAUGCCCUGGGUAAACCUGGCUUGAGACCUCUCCAAAAAAUCACCUCUGCUAUUCGAAUGCUUGCAUAUGGCGGUGCUUCUGACUUGAACGACGAAUACCUCCGACUUGGCGAAUCGACUUCCAACGAAAGCUUGCUAAAAUUUUGUCAGGCAGUCAUCCAUGUUUAUGGAGUAUGGUCAACUGGCCAAGUCAGGCAGAGUCUGGCUGCCGUCUGCUGA